GAUCGGUGAUGUUCUGAGCAGCUUCACGUUUUAGAAGGCAGCGCCAUAAAUCCAGCAGGACUGUGCGUGGGCCACAGCUUUAGCACACAAUGAUGAAGCACGGUGCCAAGCUUCCCUCCGCAGCGGACUGACUGGCUGCCUCGGUGCGUUUGGGUGUCAGACAAGAAAGGCGUGGCAGUGGGACGGUCCAGGCGCACCGAGCGGUGGAAGAAAAAAACCACACACACACACACCAAGGUCCAAUGACCUGGGAUCAGCUGAGGCCCCGGAGCUUCCUCAUAUAGGAGCGCUGCUGAAACAUAUUGGCUCUAUUACUGACUAAAUCUGCGCCUCUAAGAGCCACCUUUAGGCCGUGGGUGUGCCUCACAUCGGACGCUAUCGUGAGGUCUCCACCAGGCUAUAACACACCCACUAUAAAACGCAGAAGAUGAGUAAGUCUCCCACCCCAAAGGGCACUCCGGUGCAGCGCAGCCCCAGCGACGGGGUCCCCGAGAGCCUCCAGUCUCCCCAGCACUCCACCCCCGUCUCUGGACACAAGAAACGGAUCUCCAGCCUCCUUCAGAGUCCGUCCUUCAGAGAAGAGCUGGAUGUGCUGAUCCAGGAACAGAUGAAGAAGGGCGGCAGCUCAUCCAAUCUGUGGGCCCUGAGGCAGCUCGCCGAUUUCAUGGCCUCUCACGGCUCGCCAGCCGCCUUGCCUGUCUCACCUUCCAACAUGAUGAUGGUGACCCCCAUCAAUGACCUGCAUGGCUGGGAGCCUGGCAGCUUGGUGAAGGGGGAGCGGCUGAUGCGCUGCAAACUGGCCAGCACCCACCGACUCUUCGACCUCUACGGCUGGGCUCAGAUCAGCCACACGCUUCUCACGCUACGUGUGAGUAAAGAACAGGAACACUUCCUGGUGCUUCCAGAAGGCCUGGCCUACAGUGAGGUGACCGGAUCCAGUCUGGUAAAGGUGAAUCUUCUGGGUGAGGUGGUGGAGAAGGGCAGCACCAACCUCCAGGUAGACACCGACAAGUUCAGCCUGCACUCGGCCAUCUACUCGGCCCGACCCGACGUCCGCUGCCUGCUGCACCUCCACACACCUGCUACGGCGGCGGUCUCUGCGAUGAAGAGCGGCCUGCUGCCGCUGUCCCACGAGGCUCUGCUGGUUGGUGACGUGGCCUACUACGACUACAACGGCGUAGUGGGGGAGGAAGAGGACCGGAUGGAGUUACAGAAGAGCUUAGGACCCACUUGUAAGGUUCUGGUGCUGAGGAAUCACGGCAUCGUGGCUCUGGGGGAAUCGAUGGAGGAGGCCUUCUACACCAUCUACCAUAUACAGGCAGCCUGUCAGAUACAGGUGUCAGCUUUGUGUAGUUCUGGAGGGGAGCACAACCUUAUUAUGUUGGACCGGGCGAUCCAUAAACCCAACCCAACAGGCACCGUGAGCUGGGCCGGCUCCACCUUUGGGCCCCUGCAUAAGAGCCGCACCGGGGAACAUGAGUUUGAAGCUCUUAUGAGGACUCUGGAUAAUCUGGGCUAUCGUACAGGCUACGCCUACCGCUUCCCCGUGCUGCUGGAGCGGACGCGGACGCGGAGGGAGGUGGAGGUGCCGGCGACCGUAACGGUCUUCCACCAGUUUGAUGACGACGGCGUCCACCCGGCUCUGAGGCAGCACCCAUUUGCCCAGCGCCAGCAGCAGGAGAGGACCCGAUGGCUCAACACUCCCAACACCUACCAGAAAGUCAGCCAGGAGGAGGCGAGCCCGGGACACCAGCGCACCACUUGGCUGAAAACAGAAGAGCUGACUCAGGCUGGCAGCACAGCCAUCAAGAUAGAGAACCCAAACCAGUUUGUGCCUCUGUUCACCAACCCUCAGGAGGUGAUCGAAACACGAAACAAGAUACGACAACAGAACCGUCAGGAUAUGAAGACGGCAGGACCGCAGUCGCAAGUCCUCGCAAGCGUCAUAACAGACGACAGCCCUCCGGUACCAGCAGCACCGACCCCAGUGAGCCCACCCAAAGUUCCACCAGAACCAGAACCACCCAAUCCGUUCAACGAGCUGACAGACAAGGAGCUGGAGGAGUACCGCAAGGAGGUGGAGCGAAAACGGGACGGAGGGACCGACGGGGAGGAGGUGGAGAAUGGUUUGGAGUCUCCUCCUGCUACCUCCCCUACAAAAGACCCUGCAGUCAGCCUCCCUCCUGUCUCAGCAAUGGAGGUACACAACAACUCUCCGGUCAUUCAGAAUGGAGGCGACGAGGAGAAACAGGUGACUAAAGAACUGGAGGAAGGGAUGAAGGCGCUCUCGACCAACGACACCUCCUCCACUCCCGCCGCGCCGCCAAUCAAACCGCAGGGCGGGACCCCCGAGGGCUCGCCGUGCAAGUCUCCGUCCAAGAAGAAAAAGAAGUUCAAGCCACCAUCGUUCCUGAAAAAGAGCAAGAAGCAGAAGGAGAAAGUAGAGACCUGAGAUGGGUCCCACAGACACGUCAGGCCUCGCCGAAGCGCCACAGGUCGUCACGUGUGACUGGAGCAGUCGACGGAACCACAUCACAAUCAUUCAGAGCCAUUUCAAUGUCGAACCCCCAGACACGGUAUCUUAAGAGUGCCACUGCUAGCCACCGAAUUUGAUGUUUGUGGUGAUUCAUCGAGUAAGUUUAAAGAGCUCCUGUAAUUACUUUCACCAACUGUUUGAUCCAGGUCAGACACAGCCCAGCCAUCCAGUUUGACUCACUACUUUCGAUCACUCUCACGGUUUUCUGUACUCCACAAGUCACCACUAUCGGUUUGUCACUUCAUCUCACUGUACAGGAAUUCAACCAUGUUUCCUCUCUCAAAGCAAGCCUGUGACUUGGAUCCUGUAUAAGUGACACUUUAGUUUUUCUGACAAUACAUGUUGGAAGGUAAAGUGUGUUAUUCAUGUAUAGCACUUAACAUAGGUAGAUCGAUGUUCUUGCACGUCUUAUUCUUUCAUCAUUAUACAUUUUCUCUUAGCCUUUGGUUGUAGUUAUCAUGUAGAUGUUGCAGGUUUAGUCUGUGAAGACAGUCGCAGUAUGUGUAGAAAUCUACUGAUAGCUAUUGAUUGUGCGGAGUUGACGGAAAGCAGGGAAAUGUCGCCUAGCUACAGGUUAAGCUGCAAUUUUAGCUGUUAUUAACCAAAAAGGUUAAUCUAAAAAAUAAAAAUGGUUGCUCGUUAUUGCAAUCAGAAUAUGCGGAGGGUACCCAACAUUCCACUUUUCUUGUUUGGUUUUAAAACAUACAUGUGCAAAAGACCCCUUUCCAAGUCAUUUUUUUUCUGUUUGAACCAGUAGCUAUUAUCAAACUGCUGAUGUGUGAUGGUGGCUCAUUGGUUUGAAUUCAUUUUCUAUAAGAAUGUAUAUGUGAGUGUUGCAAGGUUGCAAUGUAUCAGUCAUUAAAGAUCCAGUUAGGUUUCAAGUUUGCUGAGCGAA